UAAUACCCUGGCUCCCCUACUUUGACAGAUUCAGGUCUCCUUUGGCUUCCCUUUCUUACUAUUCAAUCCAAAAUAAAAAAUAAAAAAUCUUUUCGUCAUUUGUCUACUUUAAACUAUUUUCCCUCUUUUCCCCACCUUCACUCCUCUCUCUCUCUCUUCUCUUUCAAGAUUAUCUUCCACUAAUUCUUGAAUUAGCUCUCUGUAUAUCAUCACUUUGUGUAUAUCACCAGAAUAAGUUUGUGAAUUAUUAUUAUUAUUAUUAUUGUGUGGAUGUGUAUUUCCCUUUUGUAUCAUCAAGAAAAUGGCUGCUAACAAAUUUGCAACCAUGUUACACAAAAAUACCAACAAGAUCACAAUGAUCCUUAUUUAUGCAAUCUUGGAAUGGACUCUUAUAAGUCUACUUCUCCUCAACUCUUUUUUUUCUUAUAUGAUCAUUAAAUUUGCUGAAUAUUUUGGCCUAAAGCCACCAUGUCCAUUGUGUUCUAGAAUUGAUCAUCUUUUUGAACAUGAAAAAAAGACUAAAACUUUGUCCAAAGAUCUUCUCUGUGAAGCUCAUGCUAUAGAGAUUUCUCAAUUGGGGUUCUGCUCAAAUCAUCAGAAAUUGGUUGAAUUUCAAGAUAUGUGUGAGGAUUGCUUUGAGGAUUCAAGAUUUGAAUUGAUUCAGAAUGGUGAAGUGAGUUUGUUGAAGUGUUCUUGUUGUGGUGUGAAGUUGGAGAGAAAAUUUCCAACUAAUAAUUGUAUUUUGAUUAAGCCUUGUAUUGAUGAUUUGGGAUAUACCCAAAAAGGGGAUUUGGUUAUUGAGUCAGCAGAUGAUGAUUUGGUUAAAGAAAGAUCAGAUUUUGAUGAAGAAAAAACUGAUCUUGAUGAUUAUGUGGUUCUUGAAAGGGUAAUGAAAGAUCAAGGUGUUCAAGUUUGUGUAAUUGAGGAUUCAUCUUAUGAGUUUUCUUCUCAGCAUUUGGAUUUUUUCAUUGAAUGUAGUGGUCAGAAGUUGGUUCCUAUUGAAUUGAUUGAUUCAACAACUGAGGAAGAUCAUUGCAAAAACCAUGAGACCAAUGAAAAUUGUGAAAAGAAUGAUCAUGGAGAAGUUGAAUUGGUUGUUGAGAAUGACAAGAUUGAGGAGGAACCUGAGUUUGCAGUUCUUGAUUCCAUGGAGAUGGAAGAAGAUGAAAAUGGUUUCAGUUUUUGUGUUGAAGAAUGUCAUUCAGUAAAAGAUUCAGAUGAACAAUUUGAUAUUAGUACUCAAUUGCACCAAAUUGUGGCUGAAAGUGUAAGGGAAGAAAAAGAUUCAGAUGUUCCACCAGUUUCAGAAGAGGUUUCCCAAAUGCCACAAAUUGAUGAAAUUGAGGCAGAAGUGUCAAUUGGAAAUGAAAUUCCUGAUAUGAAUCUGUCAGAUGAAAUUCCAUGUGAAGGAUCUCUUAAUUCAUGUACACAUGAAGAACAUUCAACAAGUUCUGCUCAUUUCCAUGAAAUUGAUCAACAUGGUCCUAAAAAAGAUCACGACAAAUUAGUAGAAUUGAAAUUGUUAUCGCUUGAGUUUGAUGAGCAUGUGAUGAACAAUCAAUCAUCAAUAUCUUCAAAAUUGGAUGAGAUUGAAGAAGAAAAAGUUCCAGAAACGCCAACUUCUAUCGAUAGCUUCUAUCAGUUGCAUAAGAAAUUACUACUCCUUGAGAAGAAAGAUUUCGGAACUGAGUCUUUGGAUGGGAGUGUGGUUAGUGAGUUAGAAGGUGGAGAUACAGUUUCAUCAAUCGAACACCUGAAAUCAGCGCUAAAAGCUGAGAGAAAGGCUCUACACGCGUUGUAUACGGAGUUAGAAGAAGAGAGGAGUGCUUCUGCUGUGGCUGCUAAUCAGACAAUGGCUAUGAUAAAUAAGCUUCAAGAAGAAAAAUCAGCAAUGCAGAUGGAAGCAUUGCAAUACCAGAGAAUGAUGGAAGAACAAUCGGAGUAUGAUCAAGAAGCGUUGCAACUCUUGAAUGAGCUUAUGGUAAAGAGGGAGAAGGAAAAGCAAGAGCUAGAGAAAGAAUUGGAGAUAUAUAGGAAAAGGUUAUUGGAAUAUGAAGCAAAAGAAAAGACGAUGAGGCUGUUGAAGAGAAGCAAAGAUGGAAGUGUUGCAAGAAGCGGAUUAUUUUCAUCAGCCUCAUGCAGCAAUGGUGAGGACAGUGAGGAGUUGUCUAUUGAUUUGAAUCAAGAACCAAAGGAAGAUGUCAACUUUUAUUGUCAUCAAGAAUGUGAUGAUCAUGAUAAAGUUCAAGUUGACGCUUUUCUAGAAUUGGAAGAAUCGUUUGUUGAUUUUGAGGAAGAGAGGAUGUCCAUUCUUGAGCAGCUAAAGAUGUUGGAAGAAAAGCUUUUAACUAUGGAUGAUGAAGAUGUAAAAGAGUUCGAGGAUGUUAGGCCAAUGGACGAUUCAUAUAGAGAGAAUGGAGAUCAUACAGAGGAAAAUUCUCAUUUAGAUGGAGAAAUAACUGAACAUUCCAAUGGUUUUUCGAGUGAAAUGAAUGGGAAGCUAAUUAUCAAUGCAAAGGGAAAGGGACUUCUUCCACUUUUUGAUGCAAUGAGUGACGAAAACGGAGAGGUUAUGAUAAAUGGACAUAAAAAUGGCUUCCAUUCCAAUGGUGUUGAUGAGGAAAACAAGAAGCUAGAUGUGGAAGAGGAGUUGGAUCUUCUACAUGAAAGGCUACAAGCUCUUGAGGCAGAUAGGGAGUUCCUAAAGAACUGCAUUAGCUCAUUGAAGAAAGGCGAUAAAGGGAUGGAUCUUCUUCAUGAAAUCUUACAACAUCUUCGUGAUCUAAAAAACGUUGAUCUUCGUGUAAGGAGCUCAAGUAAUGGUCUCAUAUUAUAGUCAAGUUCUAGCUCACUUGUCGCGCCAAAGAAGAUAAAUUGAUCAUGAUCUUGGAGUCCUUGGCAGCUAUUUAACUAUAAUGGAAACUCAACGAUGCAACUGAAAUCUAUGCAAUAGCUGAUAAAACUCUGUUUGGAAAAUCCCUUGACAGAGAGAUCAGGCCCUGGAAAUGGUCUAAGUUUUUGUUCUCAAGCUUCAAUGAUCAUUUGUCAAAGUUAAACCAAUUUUUUUUGUAUGGGUUGGUGUCAAUUCUCCAACUUUUGUGGUCAAAAGGGGGGAAUGAUGAAUGUGUGUGUAGUCCAAUUAGGGUGAAGCCAUUCUAUCUUCAAAAAAAAAAAAAAGUUCUUCGUGUCUGAGUCAGCUUACGUCCAUCUUUAUUAUUUCAUCAGGUACCUGGUAUCUUCCACUAGCACUAAUAUAGCUUUUGUAUGUUGUUAAAAGGACAAAGCACUGGCUUUGCAAAGCUGGAGAGGGUCCAACAAAGAUUCCAGUGUCAAGAAAUUUGUCCUUGUUUAUUGUAGACAAUUAGGACUAGCAACAAUUUUCUUGUCCUUUUUUUUCUCCCAUUAUCAUUUUAAAAGGGUUAAGGCAUAGAGGGGAAAGUAACUUCUUUUUUGCCUAAUCUCUCAUUUCUUUUUCAUCAUUUCAUCACAUGAGAAGGCAAAGUUGUCUAGUUGUACACUACAUUUGUCUUUGUAAGAGUACAUAAUGAGUGAGUGUUUUCUUUAACUUUGUUUUUUGUUUCUUUCUUUCAUUUAUUUGAUAGCCAGCUUUCAUUGUUUU